CGUGUGGGCGUAGCCCUCGCUGUGAGCAGGAGCAGCACGGUUCGUCUGCUCUCGACAACAUGCGUCGUGGGCAGACAGACAGGGUCCUACAAGGCAAGUCACGGCGAAGACAGUUAUCCAGCUUUGAGGACAGGGUCAUCGGAGUAAUAUCGCUGGUUUAAACAUAGUUUUUGUUAAGUUUUCUGACAGUGACUGAAGAUAGAGAAACGUCCCGUUACGUGCCGUUGAGGGUGUCCGGUUUCCCAGUCUUGAGGGAUUGCAAUGCCCUCUGACUUUAUCUCCCUUUUCAGCGGGGACCUCGACUUCAAUCCUCCCAGAGCCUUGUACUCGAAAGGUAUAAGUAACAGCUGUUUUAUUUUCUCUUGUUGUCGCUCUUGCUUAAGUUUCUACCUAUUUUUACCCCACCUUAUCCACUUACCUGUGUUUGGAGCAACUUUUGUAUUCAUGUGGUGUGUUUCUCGGUGUCCCCUCCCCUCUCAGUGUCAUUCAUCUCUGAUCUGUCUCACACUGUCACAUGCCCGCUGAUAAUAGAGGAAAGUUACCCUCAAUAUCUCUGCAGAUAGUUUCCAAUGUUAUCCUUCAGUUUUUUACGUUCAGGUUGGUUUCCUGGAGAAAAGCAGAAGUAGUUUAAUUCUCUUCUUUUGUUGAAAUCAGACUGAGCCCUCACCAGUUGCAUGCACACUGGUCAGACCAGUUUACUUUCUCCUGGUGAAAGCAGUGCUGUUUUUCUUUUUUCUGUCUGUGGGUUGUUUGACUAGACCCCCCUCCAAAACCUGCUCUAUUGAGAGACCAUAGAUGCAUGGUCCCCCCUGAGUGUGCUGCAAGUGUGUCCAUCAUAAACAUCCACUUUGUUAUCAUCACUUUAGAGUUUACCCUCGGGCUUAAAAACUAAACUUAAUCCAGCGUAGACACAGUUUCCUCAUGUUGCUUCAUCAGGGUAUAUGUUUGGAAGACUUCAGUCCAUUAUACCAUAAAGUAAUUUUCAAAAUGUUUACAUCUAUUUAUUAAUUUUGCAGAGUUAAUAACAUGUUUAUUUCCAUGCUACUAUUUGGAUACAAUACAGCCCCCCUUCAGUUCAUACACGGUUUGUUGGAAUGUUAUAUGAGCAGGAUAUUUUACUCUUUAGAAAUAAACUAAGGGAGCGUUUGCUAAAUUUCUGCAAGCAUAUCUUUUACAUCUUCAUAGUAAAAUUUCUUGUGUUCAGUUGACUCACACAGUAUAAAUGUCUGUGCUUAUUCUGUGCAUCUGCAACCAGCUGAAGUCAGUUAGCCAGCUUGUAGUUUUGGCUCCAUGUAGUCAAGUUUUCUAAGGUGUUGUGUUUAACUAGCAGUUUUUAUUCAGUCAAGCAUGAAGGUUUAAGAUUUAUACUGACAUCUUUGUGUAGUACACUUUAAGGCCCUCUACCCUCUCUUUUAAAGUACAGGGAUGCAGCAUUUCAGCUGAAUUCUCCUUUACUUUUCAGCCACAUUACAACGCAGCAUCCUGUAACGAAGCUUAACUGUCCAUUAUAUAGAGUUUGAGUAGAUAGCUACUGUAUAUUGCUUUAUUAUCCUUCUUAGAUCUAUGGUGUAACAAUACACUAAACUGUGCUGUGAUGUGGUUCACUCCUUUCACAUUCUCAGUGGUGACUGAGGCAUUGAGACAUACACACUUGUGUUUCAAAUAGAAAACAGUUUUAAUGAUGCACAUCCAGAGCUAAGCUGGACUGCAUCUUAUGAUUUAAGGUGACUUCAUUACUUACUGACUGUUACAAAUGGUCAGAAAAGAUGUACAAACAAUUUUAAAGGCACUCACUUUCCUUUUUAAAUGUCACAUAUCUCUCAGAGAUAUAUCAUGUAUUGUCUUUUGUUUGAGACUUAUGACUAAAAAUCACCAUAAAAUGCAAAUACUACAGUGCUGAGUAGAUGCUAAUUUCCAACACCUAUCCCCAGAAGGGCUUUUGCAAGAAUGAAAAUUAAAAUGAUGAUAUAUUAAUAAGAAAGAAACUGAUUAAAUGCUAAAAACUAAAGUUGCCAUAUGCAAGGGGUUUGGAAUAGCUGAAAGUGUUGAUGUUCCCAACAUAACAGCAUUUGUAAACAGUCUGAAGACCCAAACCCUCUGGGAUAUUAGUUCAUUUUCAUCUGGUGUCAUACACCUGCUGGGAUUUACUGACAGCAGAUAUAAAAUGGCAUUUCCCCUCUGCUAAAAAUUGAAACAGAUUAAAGGUAAAAAUGUGGUGCACAUGAUGUGCUAAUGCUAAUCUAGAGCACAUUAAUCUAGACAAAACAAACACACAGCCACUGUUCUGUUUGUAGUCUUCUGGUCACAUUUUUUGCAUCAUUCCUAUAUGUGUAGCCAACACACACACACACACACACAAACACACACACACACACACACACACACACACACACACACACACACACACACACACACACACACACACACAAACACAUAUUCAAUCAUAAAUCAAAUAGUUAAAGUAGCACCAAUCCCCUCAUAUGAAAUAAGGCAACUGUCCAACUACAAGAGAAAGUGCAUCAUUCAGUGUCAAAAACCAUCUCAGAAAGGGAUUAUUAUUUUCAAGAUUAUUUUAUACUUUUAUUCUUUACUGAUUUAAACAUUUAAGAAUCACUCUGCAGAGUUUUAGUAUUUCCACUGUGUCACAUUAAAUCAUUGUAAACACCUGUGGGUCAAGACAUAUUUCUUUAAUUUCAAACCAUUACUUAUCCUCUAAAGAGCGCUGAGGUUUCCCUCACUGUUAAUGUCAGCAGUCAUUUCAAAGAGCUAAUGAUCAAACACAAAGCAAAACAGAAAACACAAAAGAAUCAAUUAAAACAGUCCUAGAGACCCGACCCUCAGCCUACCCUGUUUACUGAUUAUAUAGAGUAUAGUGUAUUUAUGUUUGGGGGACACUAAGUUCAGCUGUGUGAGCGAGAUGAUGCCAGAUUUGCAUCAAGCUGCCAAGGCCGACUUUUCCCUUUGUUGAUAAAAAAAAGAAUUUCCAUUUCUUAUUGAUUUUUGAUAAGCCAUCUCCCACAAUUGAGUAAAAAAGAGCGAUCCACUUUUAGAGGAAUCAUCUUUCAUCAGUUUGUUAUUGACAUUGGACACCUUAACAAUAAUGAGGAGUACACACACACACACUUAUCAUGUCCGCAGUGCAGGAAACAGUCAGAAAAACAACAUUGGCACUCAGAGCAGGAAUGCCUUUCACCUUUUUGUGGUCUGUAAAUGACUCUGGGUUAUUGAACGUCAUAAAAAGUCCAGCCCCCAGUUUCACAUCAAAGGUGUUAUGGCUUUCCGGUAACUUAUAUGAAACUGAGUUUACAACUGUGAGACCACAGAUCGUGACAUAGUUUUUUUUUUUUUCUGCCAAGUUAACACCCACCAAGACCUGUUCAAUCAUUAACCCCAUGGCUGCUCUGUGUGUAAACCCCUGGCUUAAAUAGCACUCUAUUAAUAUUGACUCGGCUAUGUUAAGCAAACUUAGCUGCAUGCACUUAAAAAUACUUGAUUGCCUUGAGAGUUUGUUGAUAUCUGAUCAUGAAAGAAAGAAUACCGCUGAGGUAGAACAUCAAAAAAUAAGGAAAAGCAUAUUUAGAGUUCUGAAACGGGCCGCCCCGUUAGGUGAUUGCCUUUUGUGUCAUAAACACACUAAUGGGUGGACUCUGAACCCAGAACAGAAAUUAUCAAGACAUAUUUUCUGUUACACUUGUAGAUCAAUAUUAUGAACUCGUGGCUCAAAGCACAAGCCGCAGCGCAAAGAGACAGAUGUAUAGGUGUUUGAGAACAUUCUUUAGGAUGACUUCAUGGGUGUAGCAACUACUCCAACCUGGUCUGCAAACUUCAGUCACAUGAUUAGCGUGCUUUACAUUGUUGUGGUCUCUCAGAAUUUGUUGAUUUCUGUUAAAAUCAGUGUGUUAAGAAACAAUUUUCCCUUUCCAUUAGACUAAAACAGGAAAGGACAGAAAGAACAGCAGCACAGUAUCAGUGUUAAAUCGGUCAAAUACAGUACUACCAGUCCAAACAUCUAGUGUUGACCUAUAUGCCCGUAUUAGUAAUUUACUCUACGUUAAGUUCUUGGUGUUAAAUGUGUAUUUUGUUCUGCAAGGCCCAGUAUGAAGUGAAGUGAAGCACAGUACAUAAAUAUAUUAAUAUCUCCCAACAUUAUUGGCAUUUUCACAAAGCUAGAUACUGCUGAUUCUUGACUUAUCAUGAGAAGGUGUAGAUAAGACAAAUGAUGCAAAGGAGAGAGAGAGAGGAAAUUGAAGAACACAUACCCUAAAGCAUUUCAGUAACUACAUAGUAUGCCUUUAGCUGUACAGACUAAAGUAAAGCAGUUUGGGUGUAUUUGGUCUCAAAAACUACCUCUACCUCUACAGAAAUGAUGAACGUUGAAUUUUCAAACCAACAAGAGUCAUAAAACUAGAUAUAAGCAUAUUUUGUCGAUACAUUUAGUACUCCAUGCUUAUGAAGUCAUUGUAUGUGAACAAAACCAUCACAAUGAUGCUAUAUCUUUCUUCUAAAUCUCCUUGAAUUAAUCAUUAACACCAACCAAACCUCAGUAAAUAGACCCAUCAGGCUCAGGUCACAGUAUCACCUCCUCUGGUAUUUACUGCUAACUUGUGACUUUUUGUGGCUGCAGCAAAUAAAUGUCUAACCUCUUGAAGUGUUGCGCACUUAUCAGAUACUAAAGGGAUCGAGGUGAUUAUUCUUGUCAUUAUUUUGAGGAAUAUGACAGGAUUUGUUUUUAGUCCUUCUAUUUCUAACAUCAAAUGUGUUUAGGAUGUAGAAUCCACAGGGAAAAUAAGGAGGGAAGUGGUCCUUUUACAGAUCAAAGUUCAGAGCCGACAGUCUCUUUAUAUUCUAAAAUUACUCAGUGAGGCAUGGUCCAUUGCCCCAAAUUAUCUCGAGGGUGAUUUUCCACAGUCCUUUGUGAAAAGCCCAAAGCACCUGUGACAUCUCACAUCCACGGCUCGUGUGUAUCUGUCUCCAGAGCAAGAUGAUUCUGGACUGAGACAUUAAAUAUUGAGUGUGGUGAAUCUUGGCUGGCAGAGGUCUUUCCAUUGGCAGGUGAGAAGAAACAGUUAAGGUGUCAGCAGCUCAUAACCAGACUGAAAACGGAGUUACACUCUGCCUGGGUAUUUCAUAGCUCAAGGGGAAGACAAUGUAGUUCAGAAAUAUAUUGAGCUUAAAUUAAAAUUCCUGAUAGAAAAGGAAUUUAAAAGCACCAAUAGAGGGCUCUGGCCUCUAUCGAUAGUCUAGUUUUAUAUCUCAAGAAACAAACUUUUCUGCAAUUCCAUAAAUCCAAGCCAUUAAAAUCCACUCUCAUUUGAACCCCAAAUGUCUCAAUUUGGUUGAUAUUAUGUUGUGUUGAGUAAGCUAGACCAAAUUUAUGGGUAAUGAUCACGAUAUAUACUGUCCCAUCGUCCGAUGUCGAUUAUUAUCCUGAUUUUGGGGGGAUUUUUUUGUAAACUGCCAGUUUUAAAGCAUCUGUACUAAAAACUAUAGAAACUAGAGAUUAGUUCAACAUUUUAUUGACAUCCAAAGGAAAUAACAAAGCAAAUUAAUUAAGAUAAACUUAGAAAAUAUAAAAACCAUUGCCGGUUUUUGAGGGCAGCAACCGCCGACAUACCUUGCACAUCAACUUAAUUACUCCAUGUCACUUUGGAGAUACCCGAACCACCGCCACACAACCAAUGUUAAGCAAUUUUUUUCUCAACAAUGACAUCUUCGGAGGAUGACUCAAAGUCAUGGCUGACGUCCAUUUUGCUGCCUCAGCUCCGCGUUUAGCCCCACGUUCAGUCAUUCUGUUUACUUCUCCAGCAACUUACAGAAGUGAGCAGGAAAAGCUCGACUCUGAUUGGCUGUUGUGACGCACAUUUCCGCUAUGUUUGAUUAAGUAAAUAUGCUCACAGCUGAUCACGUGAUCGAACUGAAAUUUAUCACGAUCAUAUAAUCGCCCAGUCCUAGUUCACACUAAGUCCGUAGCACACCCUCGACAAAGUCGUAAAAAUCAAGUCAGUAGGUUUCAAUAUGUGCUACGAACUUAGAAGGAGGUUAACGGCAACAAAGACCCAACUUUUUGACAGAAGCCAUAAAAAUGAGAUGUUUUUCUUCAGUACCAGAAACCAGAACUUCAGUUUCAUUUAAUCCAAUCUGGAACCUCACAAUAAACUCUCCCUGUGUUAACCUUAUCAUAGUUGGUUUUUGUUGACACCAUGCCAGAGAGAUAUUAGUUCAGCUCUUUGUGCUUUUUGAUAGCCGAAUGUUGUGGUUGCAUAUUGUUUGAUUACAGAAAGAUUGCGCUCCAUCUCAAAGCCAGUUGGCCUUUUAUCCCUGUACUUUGAAUCUCCCGUAACAAACUCAGUAGAGCAUGGAUGGGUCAAGAAAUAACCAGACUGACACAACAGACUAUUGUUCAUUUCCCCAUUUCCAACUAGCUCUCAAUGUUGGGGUUUUUGCAAGACCCUGAUUAUUGCCUAACCUAAACCACAUGUUUAUUGUUAGAGCCAUCAUGACAGAGUUCUUCUGACCUCAAUCUGUAUUUUAACUCUAAACAUGAUUCUUUUAGUUUCUAAAUCUCACCAGAAAUUGACAACAGUGAGGUUGCAUCACUGAACUAAUUUAUUUCUCAAGAGUAGAUUGAAAAACAAAACAUACAUGCUCUAUUUUGUUUAAUGAGCUGAAAUUGAAUGUUUCUCAAAGACAUCAAAUCCACUUUUUUGAAACCAAGAAAAGCUGAAAAAAGUCACGUUUCGAAACCUCACGUUUGACGUUUUUGAUGAAGAAAUAACUGCGAUUACUUCCAAAAUGUUUCUCAUUCAUUUCCUGUAAACCAGUUGAUCAGUUGACCGGUUGUUUUAGAGGCUUCCUUUCCUGUCUUUCCAACCACAUAUUAAGACCAUGAUGCUCAUUGAGUUUGGGAAAAAACAUUGUCACGUGUUCAAUAUUGAGGCUCAUCUUUUCAUUGAAUUGUGGAGGACUUAAAAUAGCUGCAACAGCCUCAGGGUUUCAGGGACCUGAUCCAGAUUUAUGAACAGUGUUGGUUUUUGUAGAGGAUGAGAUGUUUUACGCAACCUGUCACUUCAAAAGUUCCUCUCUCUGAGGCUCAUGAAGGUAUUUCAUGACUUUCAGAAAUGUUGAUGAAAAGUAUUCAAGCAAUCCAAGUCUCCAGUCUUCUGGCUGUGGACUUAAUAUCCUGUGUUUUCAUUUCUGUUUUCUGAGUCAUCUGCUGCUUCCUAGGCAGACUGGCAGGGUUUGAAUGAAAUGGCGAUUUCCCCUGUAUCCUGUCAUUGUUGGUUUUCUUUUUACCUUCUAUAAUAAAGUGGUGCUGAAAAAAAGUCUGGAUAUUUAAGAAGAUUCAGGGUUGAGCCAAAGCCAGGAGAAAGAAUGGCAGGUUAUUGUAAUAGAGGAAUCUGCCUAAUAGACGCCAGAAAUAGCACCUUUGUGUGUGUGUGUGUGUGUGUGUGUGUGUGUGUGUGUGUGUGUACCAUUACCAUGAUAGUCUAUGUCUAUGGUUCUCAUGUACCCACAAAUAAUUUAUGUAUAUUAUCUACUAAACAUAAACUGAGCAAAAUACAUUGAGCAGCACCAAGUGUUAGUUGUUGUUGAUGGAAAAAAACACAUUUAUCUCACUGGCGCCCCUAGUGGUGGAAUAAAAAACACACUGAUGCAGACCCCCUCUACUAGCAUCUGACCUGGGAACAAAAGACCAGAAUAAAAACACUUUGUAUUAUCCAGCCCCGGCCAGGCAGACAGCAUGUGUCAGUUCACACCUGCUAUUUGAACUAGUGUCCACAUGUUUCAAGGGUGACCCCUUGUGAUCAGACCUCACUUCUCCACCAUAAAUGCAGACAAACACCUCAAAGAUUUCUGUUUGAAAAGUCGACACGAGAUGGUUUUUAACAGGGAGCCCAAACACAAAUCAGAGAUCGUGUUCUUUUCCUCAAGAAUCCAUUUUUCUUGUUGAGGCUUUUGCACCACUGAUUAAUUAAAGAGUGUGUGUUAAAGUUUAUGCAAAGGAUGAAACCUUACAGACCAAGAGACCAGGCCUGCAAAAUGGAAGAUAAGAGGCAUUUUUGGAUCAUCAGCUUUAUAUUUUAUGUUCUGUUUUCUUGCUUUAAACAACAUUAACUUGCAUUUGUGUUUGCAGCAUCAAACACUCGACUUUAGAUCACAGCCAUCAAGUCUCAGUUUUCAGCCUUAUUCCUCAUGUACAAAGAUUUCUUCAGGUUUUCUGAAUCUUCUGCUAAUAUCAUGUUUUGUAGUUGAUGAAAUCCUCAAAUUCUUUGUAGUUUUAUUCUCUGGAGCAUUAUCCUAGAACUUCUGAGCUAUUUAACAUCCUUACUUCUGAGAGACCCAGUUUCUCUGAAGUGCUCUUUGUAUAUACAAAGUUAUGUUACCAACCUGUUUAUGUGAUCAGUUUGGACCAUAGACUGUAUAUAGAAUGGACAGCUCACUGCGAGAACAGCACCCUCUUGUGGCGGACUGCAGUAUAGGUCAUAAAUCCCGCCUCCUCCAGCAAUCCCUAUGGAGCUGUGGACAAACUUGAGUAAUUUAUUACACACAAUUUUAAUUUCUCUCCCCCCUGGUUGUGAUGUUGACAUGUAGUUACUGUCAGACUGGUUUAGGCUCAAGUCCUCUUUUUUCUGUGAAGCUCCGUUUGUAAAAGUUAUUAGAGGGUUCAUGUUUUCUAUGAUUGACACUUGAUACAGCCUAUGGGCGUACGAAGAUUGCGUAGCUCACCUUGGAGAUACGCUGUUUGAGCCGAGCGUCAUCACAGCGACUCUCCCGCCGCAUUCGUAGAAUGCUAUUGCGCAAGUGGUGGUUCCAGGAAAUAGAGAAAAUCCCAGAAAUGCCAAGAGCAAUUUGGCUUCAAAUUCGUAUAACGACAGAAGGUGGAGCCAAGUUGUCUAUAGUGUAUACAGUCUAUGGUUUAGACUUGUUCUGCCAAGUGUUUUUUUUUCUCCUCAUUAUUAUAAAACCUUUCUUGUGUUUCGUUGUCCCUGUCCCAACUAGUUUGAUACGUACUGCUCGGAUCAAAUUUAAAAUGAGCUCUAAUUCUCCUUAAACAAUUCUCAAUUUUAUAGAUAUGCACAAGCUUUAAAUGACUUUAAAAAACCAUCAUAUUCUGUAUUUAUCAACAUAUCACUGCAUCCCGACUCUUAAAGAAUGGGGGUCAUAUAUAAUAAGAGGAUGCAUCAAUCAUACACAUGCAGUGACAGCUGAUAUGCAACGACAACAAGCUUACACAUAUCAGCAGUUUGGAGUUACUUAAAAGUGUCAAAAACCAACAGCAGAUACACGAUUGACUGACAUGUUUCAUUGAUGCUAGAACUCAUACGUCAUGUUGUUUUGUGUCUACUUCUAAAAAACAGACCUAAUGAGUUGGUGUUCUUUACCAUUGAAAAUGAGUGCGCUUACAGUAUAUCUGCACUGAGUUUGGAAAUGAAGGUAUAUCAGAUGUCUCCAAAAGUCUGAUAUCAUGCACCUCUACCUUUUAGCCUCAUGCAAAUUUGUCCUUUUGUUUAAUUUAACAUCAAAGGUCAUGUUUGCUUACUGCAGCCAUAUACUGAGAGGAAUUUCUAACCUGGGGACAAGUCCAGGCAAGUCAAGGUUAAAAGGAUCCCAGGCUAAUAACUGUGAAUAAAUUAGUGUCAAUGAUUUUUGUUCCUUAUUAGCCUCAUUUAUUUUUUUUUUACUCUGGCUAUCUGUCAAUAUUCAAAUUUCUUUCCCUUGAAGUCGACUUAAACCUUGGCAUGAAUAAUGGUGCUUAUAAAUCCUCAUUUCAUCAGUCGGUGUAUAAGUAAUAACGGUAUUGUAUUGUGUCAGAAUGUGUUGUCACGAUGUGUCUUCUCGCCACUCCUUUGUGUAUCAGAGUUUGUCAAAGAGGAAGUUUCUUGGAUGAGUGAAAUAAGACGUCAUCAACAGAAUUACAGUGUUCAUUUCUCACUAUCUCAGCAAGUCACAACCUGCUGAACAGACAUACAUUUUUUUCCCUCUCUCUCCUCUUCCCUUCUCGAUGUUAUUUCACCAGCUUGUACAUUAUUAGAUAAACUCAGCAUGCUUGAUACAGACUUAACUUUAAAGCACUGAUUUUGCUGGUGUUACCUGAAUUAUGGCCCCUUUCCCCAGUCUGGUGUGGACUCAUCUGGAAUCCUUUCAAAUUGUUAACUAGACCUUAGACCAAAUAUUCCUGUAUAAUUACAAUCUGGAGGUAUAAUCCCAAUCUAGGUCUGGAUUGGAAGGUUUCAGCGACACAUGUAGAUGUAGAAACCCCUUAAAAUAUGAUAGUUGUGAAAUAAGAAGAAAGAGUUGUGGCCAGAGCAGACCUUUAGCUCGUCUUGCUUUGUUUUACAUUUUAACAUUUUGAAUUUCUUUGUGCCUUGUCUAGACCAAAAAGACCUUUGCAUUCACUAAAUGUUCAAUUAGUAAUAUUUCCAUAAAAGAAAAUUUGUGCCAAACAAAUGUAAUCGUACCGUAUCGUAUCAGAUUUUGCAGCAUCUGCCAGUGUAUCGUAUGCCGAGCACAAACUAACUUCUUUCUUUCUUUCGCCCUUCAGUGUUUUUCAGUGAAUUUAGGCACAAAACCUUGAAUUUCAAUUCAAAUUGAACCUGCUUUAAGGUAUGAAAUCAAUUGUUUGUGUAGAACUCAGAUAUCUUGUGAUGUUUUGACAUAUUGUGGGGGGUUCGAGGUGAUAAAAAGGUGGUUAAAUAGAAAUGUUUGUGAUGACUUGAAGAUAAAAAAACAACUCAUAUAGUUAGUUUUUUGCAGACUGAGUGAAAAUAAUAAUUUCAGCUCUGUUUCGAUUCCUCUCCCAGGUACAGCCUCAGUUUGUAAUAAGUCGCUUUGAUGGUGGUACAUUUUCAAUGAGAGUACGCUUGUGGUGUUGCUAAAAGCUCUUCCUGUUGCUUCAGCGCAGUUUUCCUGUGAGACGGACAGAGUCGCCUGUGUUGGCACACUAAAAUGUUUGUCGAACAGUUUUUUUUUUUCAUGAUUGUAUGAGAAAACAAGCUGCUGGUUUGUCUUUUUUUCCUUGGAAGUUUGUCAGAAUUUGGCCUAACCGCUGAUGAGCAAUACUGGAGUGUUUUCCCGUAUCUGUAUCUGAGGCUUUUUUUUUGUGUGGGUAUGCGUGUGAGCUUGCGUGUGUGUGAUGUCCUCUGUAAAUAGUUGGAAUUCCUCUGCUUUUUGGAGUCAUGCUUUCAUGUCGAGCUCUGUACCUUUUUCGUGUUUCAGAGUCGGAGGGUAGGCACAGGGGUUAAGAAUAACACAAACACAGGAUCUAAUAAACACAAUAACAGUGACUCCCUUUGCGCUGCUACCAACCGCCUUUGUUUUCAGACUUGUCACCGGGUGGUUUGGCCCUCACAGGAGUCUUGGUGAACUGUUUUGUGAAGUGAGGAUCAUGGUGGGUGUUUGUUGAAAGUAAGUCAUGUAAACCGAUGCCUAGAGGUUGUUUCUGGUUCCUUCAGGAUUAGCAGGCAUAAAAGAGCAAACUCAGACCUCGAACUCUUGUGAACGAAAGAUUCAGUCUGGCAGUAAAACGACAGUGGAGAAGAAAAACAACCUGAUAAUACAGAGCUAAUUUUAACCUCAAGGGUUAUCUACAUUUCAGGAAGUUCUCAUCAAAAUAAAAAGUGGAACAGAUGUAUUUUCUCAGAGUCAUCGUGGUCGGUAAUCAGAUUAUAUGAUUGACAACCUCUGCUGUUAAAGUAAAUGUUGCGCAACUCCUUCUUCUCUAUGUGUCACUGAUAACCUUAAUCUUUAGUGAUUAAUUUUGGGUGGAGUAUGAAGCUUGUGUUACUUUGCAGGCAGCCGCUCUUGUUCUUAAUUGACCUGCAGUAAAAAGAGUAAUCUUAACAGAUGACUCAUUUAACAGCAUAUGUUGAUUACAUUAAUGACUUCAAAGGUAUGAUAAGCUCGAAGCUGAAUAAUGCAACACCAAAUGUAUGACUCAGGAUGAUGAAAUUCAUGAAAUGAUAUGGGGUUUUUGAGGAUUUUAUAACCAUGUUUCCUCUUUAAGUUGUGUGUUAAAUGCCACAUAAAUGAAGUUAAGUAAGAAGACAUCAAAAGAGACCGGGGAUGAAUAGUUAGCCUGUCUCAGGGGACAAGUGUUUCCCUGUUUAUCACUGCUGCUUAGAGAUUUUGGCUUUCCUUGCCCAUGGCUUUUCCCUUUUUAUUACAAAAAAUGUAUGGGUGCCAACGUAGAUGUACAGAGGCUGUGGUUCGAGUGGCACCAGUCACAGGAUCGAUUCCCAGUCCUGGUGCGUGUCAUUCCCCUCUUUAUUCUUAAAGCAGUUUCUGUCUCUGUUUGUCCUUAGUUAUAGGUAACAGCCACAGAUCCAACUGAAGUAACAUCUGCUUGAUUUUACCUCUCCUCCCCGUUCAUUCAUGCAUACAUUACACUGACACACCACAUACACAAUUAACUCACUUCUCUGACAAGUUUGACCAGCUUAUGAAUGUUCUGUUUGCAGCCGCUUAAAAACUCUUGCUGACUAUGACACGAGUCUUGCACUGAACGAUUUCGGAGAAUAAUCUAAUCCGUUGAAGCCGUUCAACUAUCGUACAUGGCUUUGCUGUUUUUUUCUUAAGUGUUGAUUAAGGUUUGUAGAGUUUUACAGCAGCAUCUUUUUUAAAUCCACACAACUGCUGUGUUGCCCCUCUUUGGUACCAAACUGUAGCAGAAUUAGGCCGUAGUGCGACAGAGUGCAGUGUUGACUUCUCUCUACCUGCUCUGCUUCGCUUGCAAGUCAAAUGACCAGAUCAAUCGUGUUUUGUCAUAUCGUGAUCGAAACGCAAAUGCAAUUAAUCAUUCAGCCCUACUUGCCGUUAAUCUGUCUUUGGGUUGUGUUGUUGUUAAAUGGUAUUAUGAGACCGUUGCCUUUGACACUGAGUCUGUUUUAAUUUUUUUUAAACUUGUUUAUCAUGUGAUGAAAAAGGCCAAAAAAGGGAUAGACCACCUUUUAUCUCUGCUUAGCCAAACUCACUGUCUGCUAACAUAAGUAGUGUUUUUAAGUCCCAUCCUGCUUCUUUGAACAGGCAGAUGAAGGCUUUCAUUCGUUGAGCAUCUUUGCCUCAGAAAAAGUAAAACCAGGCUGUUUCUGCAGGGUGCUGAUUAUCACUUUAGUCUGCCGCCUACCCUACAGCAGCAAUUUCAGGCACUGAAAAUACUAUUCAAGAGUAGUUAUUUUUCUUCUGAUAGCCUGGUUUGCCUUUCUGAGCCAUACAGAAGCAACAGUGUGAGUUUCAGCCUGAUGUGAAACCAGCUGAAAACUCCUCACAGGAGCUUUAAAAAGUCAUCGUGUGGUUUUAGAAAUCUCUGAUGUAGGAAUUUUUGUAGGUAAAUGAUAAACAUGUUUCGAAACAUUUGAUCAAUAUUGUAAUUUUCUAUCUAAAUAGAAAAACAGUAUACUCUAAGUGACUCUUUUAUCUUCAGUAUUUAUAAAUGUAAUCUAACAGCCACAGUUAGCACAGAAAGAUGUAUUUGACAGGCGUCCAAAGCAGCAGUUUAUGUAAAGAGGAAUCCAGAGUUGUGAUCAAUCACAUCCUCCUUUGUUUGCUAAAUCAAGAGGAUUUAUGUCUGAUCUUUGAAUUGGAUAUAUGCCCAUCAUAGAAAGGGUUUCAUGGUUUUUAAUGUCUCUGAUGAUAUUUUGUAACAUUGAGCUCUCACUUCACAAAAGCUUUCACUCAGCUUUUCACCACUUUGUUGUAACGCUGGCAGUGUAAUAUCCUGCCUUUUUAAAUGCCCAGUUCUUCAUUUGUAUUUGGGUAAUGCACUUUGAUUUCCUACUUUUCACACAAGAGACGCAGACAUUCAAAAGACUUGUCCCCUGAUCUUUGUUGCUAUGGAGUCACUGGCAGCCUUCGUGUAGGCUUGGCUGUAAACAUUUCAGGGUUGUUGUACAUGGUUUGCUGCAGGUGACAGGCCCUUUGACUGUUUUUCUUCUAUGCUGUUUGGAAUUACGUCCCGACAAGGUGAGCUCGUCUUAUAUCUCCUAAAUGACUAUUUUUUCAGACCUAUUCCACGAGGUCCAGUCAGUGCACUUAGUUUAUCCGUUGAAUUUUUUUCUCAGUAGAAGUAGGUUAUUUGAUUGCUUCAUUUCUGCUUGACAGGAUUCCACAUGACAAUACCACCAACCUGUUGAGCAAGUUGAAGUACAGAAAAGGGUCUGAGAGCACAAUAAACAAGACAGAGGGAGGCAGAGAGGUAGGUGGAGUGGAGGAGGGGGACAGAAGGGGAGUUAAAUCAGUCACUCAGCCAAAAACCAGUGCCACGCCCCAGGUGCCAGGGCUAGUAAGAGCAAGCAGCAGGAAUGUGAGGGAAAUGAAUGGGAGUGUAAGUCCUGCCAUUCACAUGGUGAGUGCUUUCUUUUUUCACCUUUAGCCUGCACUACCUACCAGAUAAACAGAUCACAAAGCAUGGGGACGGUAUGAGAUACAAAGCUAUUUGAAAAUGUGAAACUGUGUGCAGGAUUUCUGACGUGAAACUUUGAUUCGAGUGUUUGUGGUUUGUUAUCUAUUGUCUGUUUACGUUAAGAGAGGAAUCCAAAUAUUUAAAGCGUUGAUUGUAUUCGUGGGCCUGAUCAAAGUAUACCAAAGUAUGUGUGCAAGUGGGUGGUGAGGACUCUAAGGUCAGGCUUUAAUCUGUUAUAAUGAUGAUCACAGGCACAGAGAAAAUGAAGUUUUUCCUCAGUGGUCAGUGGUCUGCACAACAUGUCUGCAGUCCUUGGUAAAAAUCAAAACAUCACGUGGUGGGUGAGUCAGUACGGUUUAUUUCCCAGCUAACAAGGCUGACCUUUUUUAAUUAUUUAUAACGUUUUCUUCUGUGUGAAAGAGACAGUGUUUUGUCCUGUUCAAAUAAAGAAUAGCAGCCUGUCUGCUUACGAGGAAACAAAUUUACAGCAAUAUACUUUUUUUUCAGCCUUCAGGGACUCUGGAAACACUUUGAACAGGCCAGCUAGUGAUUCGAGUCUGCCGCUCUGAGAGAAGAGUACAUAUUUUCUGUCUGUGCGGUUGGCAAUCUGUUUACUGGAAGAGUUGCUCACCCUGAGCACAUGUUGCUGCAUGUGCAGUCAGUCACUGAGCCCGAGAAGACUGUAGAGUUUAAGUGUAAAUGCAGGGGCAGAGAAAGUGUUUUUGUGGAGGCAGUGGGGGGCGUUUAUGUGCAUGUGCACGCAUGAGUGUCUAUGAUUUUGUUUGGAGAACUCAGCAAAUAAGCAGCAAAACCACACUAGAAUCCUGUGUGUAUGUGUGGUUCAUUGUGAGUUAUAUGAGUUUGCUGAGUCCAGAUUUAAGCUCCCUUUCUGGGAACCAGCAUUCCCUGGUCUUCUAAAGCGAGCUGUAAGAGACCGGAGGGCUUUGGGAAUGAAGAGGCAUGGGCUGGUUUCAGUAUGUCCCAGGUUUGUCUAUUGUACACAGUGAGUGGUAACAAUAGGAGGGUUAAGUAUCUGAUAUACACACCGAACCCUGGGACUCAGCUGCAAGUAAUUAAAGCUGGCAGUUGGCAGAGAAGAGAGUCAGGCGACUGUAAUGGCCGCUCUAAGUUCAAACCAUAAUAUUUGGAUGAUGAAUCAGGCUGCUAGUAAAAGUGGUGUCAUGCUGUUGACCCAAGGCUUUCUCUUCUCUCCACGUCCUGUCGACUCCAUGGGGAGGCACAGAGAGGAGAGAGAAAGCCUUUUCGACAUCCUGCUGUCUGUUUGUCAUGAGACCUGCUGUUUAUUUUGUAUGUUAGCUUUUGCUUUUUACCACAAAAGUCCAGUUAUUUUGUGGUUCUAAUUUCCUCCUUAUGGUUCUGGUUGUAAUCACAGCCCUGAAUUUGUGUUUAAGCCUUAAUUAAAUGUGCAGUCUUGGGAAAGGACAUCAUGGUUUUAAACUUUUCACACUCUUCAAGGAAAACACCAACAGAAAUGAGAAACCUGGGGGUGCAAAUGAGUUUUCUUUAACUGAAUUGUAAGAUUUGGGUAACCAGUUUUCCAACAUGCCAUUAAUCUUCAGUAUCAUUAUACUCCAGCUUUAUACUUCAGGGUGUUUUUACUGUCUGUAUUUUAUUCAACUGUUUUGAAUUUAUUUUGUAUUGUUAUCCAUCUGUUUAUUUGCUUCUUUUUUUUAUCCCAUGUACAGCACUUUGUUUGACUGCUGUCUUUUAAAGGUGCUUUAUCAACAAACAUUGACUUGACUUGACUUAAAUGAUUAGUUUUGUCCGUCCAACUCAGUCCAGAGCCGGAAUUUACUGAAGUUAAAAUGAUAGAAGGGUACCAAAUAGAAUCUACCUGUAUGAUAACCUGUACCAGAGGAAAAAAAAUCAUAAAUCAAACAAGUAAUUAUUAAGAUUUUAACAUCUUAAUUUUCAGUUGAUCAAAAAAAGCAGCUCCUCCAGGUAGGGCUGAGUGAUAAACCGAAAAUUUACCAAUAAUUUACAUCAAUAACUGACGUCAUUUAGUCCUUUGUGAAUCAAACCAGACAUCCAAUUUGAGUGUAUACUUGGGGUGUCUUUUAAGGUUUUUUGAAGAACUACCAAAAAUGUAAAUGCAGUGAAUGAACGUCACCUGAGUCAGACAUCUCCAAGCUUCGUUUUUCUUAUGGACAUGUUGCCAACUUAAGCUCUAGUUUUAGUUUUCUGUGUCAUAUUGUAGCCAACUUUAGCCAUUACCUGCACAAUAAACCCAGAUUACAGCGUGGCUUUGGGUUGCAUUGUGGGUAAUGUAGGCAUCAGAAUCUGACCAAGGAAAAAAAUCACCAGAAAGAGUUGACAAUGUCAUGGGUCUGUCUGUGGUUGUGUGUGGUGCUGGGAUGUUCAUGAACUGUGUGAGGAUUUUGAUUUUGAACUGGGGAGUUUUAUUCCAAUACUGGGAGAUGGAUCAUUUAGAACUACAGACUGAGCUUUAACAAGAUUUCUACAUUCAUUUUCAUUUUCAGUUUUCUGUAAGUUUCAGUCUUACUUUGAAUUGUUUGAUACUUUUCUUUUAGCAUUAACAGAUUAGGCAGCUGUGUGCAAUGAUUCUUACCUGAGUGCAGCCGGCAGCAGUUUGGCACUAACAGAGAGGUGUUAACCUGCGAAGCUGGAAUCCUCAUGCUUUGUUAGCGCAGGAUUUAUUUUGCAUUUGUGGGUAUUUCCUUGUUACUUUUUAAAAUUUGUUGCCAGCUAGGCCGUAGAUGUAACAAUUACAUAAGGGCUGUAACUUUAAGAGCUAUGUGCCAUUGUAUUUAUAUUAUCUGAAAAAUAGGGAUUUGGUUUUUCUGAGGAUCACUGAAAACAUCAAAUGAGUUUUUGAGCUGACACAAAAAUCCUAAACUUAUUGAACUUAUUUUUCAUCAGACUUUGUUGAGUUUCUCUUGCGCCAUAACCCUUUGGUUAAUCAGUUCCCCCUUCGUGUCUCGACAGAAUCAGCGUAUGGUCUUCUUCCCAGAGAGCUACAGUUGUCUUCCUCGACCAGACAGAGCCUAAAAAGCAUGAGUCAAAAAAGCGGUGGAGAGGCUGGGCCUCCCCCAUCAGCAGCUGUAGCAUCAGGUAAGAUCAUCCUCCUCUUGCAUUAGCUCUACUUCUUCAGCAGGACUGAUCCUGCCACGUCCCCCAGAGAAAAAACUUGUGGUCUGCCUGAGGGGUGCACAUCAGAGCCGAUAAAUUAUUAUCUGAUUUUGUAAAAGAAUUUUUGGGCUACUCAGGCUGUUCAGUUUGAAAUGUUUCUUUAAUUUUUUUAUUGUCAGGUUUCUGAUGAAAACUUUCUUUACUUUUUUUUUUAUUUUUUUUAAAUUAAAAGACAUUUGCCAUCAGAUGUCUCCUCCAAAAUAUUUUUACAUGUCCUGAAUUGGAGAAGUCAGAAGAAUCUACGGUCUGACAUGCACCUUCACGAUCAUUUCUGUUUCAACAUAACAAAGUUAAGACAUAAAAUGCAGUUGUCAUUAUUUGUAGUGAAGUUUGAUCAAGAUCAGACUUCAGUUUAAGCAGGAAUGCAUGAAAAGGGCCCAAAAUUGAUUAAGAAUUUCAACACACGAUCUGCAGAGGUCGUGUGACAGUUCAUCAGCUGUCUGUACUAUCCAUCUCUUUUUCUUUCUUAUCUCCAGGUAUGCUUUAACUACAGGUGUUCACCUUUAAUUGUGAAAAUAUGAAUUAAUCUUCGCUAUUAAUGUUGGAUACAUCAAUAACUAAGAAAAUCUAGAUUGUGUUUCUCUAAUUUGCACCUCCCACAUCAGUCCUUUAAUACUCAAACAAAACAAAACAACUUAGUAAGCAGGUUAUGUCACCUGAUUUAAGCACUAAAACUGUCUUGUAGUCGGUGCUAACUGCGCCUGAAAUCUUUGGUCAGAGGAGCGGCUGUUGUCAAUAAAUGUCAUCGGUGUGAAAGUGUGUAAAUGUAGGUCAUGAGGUCUCUGCAUUAUUAUGAAAACAAUAUUUUGAGGCAGGAUCUCGGUAGGUUUAUUUUUUUUUUAAGUAUAAAAUUAGCCGUUAAUGAACAGAGCCUGACAAAGCCUGUUAUGUCACAGUGUUGCAUUCUCAGCCCAAAAGACCUCGCCGUUUUAAGAGCUCGUUUCCCACCUUUUUUUAUAAAGUUAGCAGGCUUGGCGUGUCUGUAAUCUCCUUGUUUUGAACUUUGUUGCAUAACUUAUUUACUUAUCAACAUUUUUGUAAGGAUCCCCUUUUCUGGAUUAUUUAUUUGUGGGAAAUUGAUGAAUGCAUGGCCCUUGUGCUUGCUACCAGAAAAAGAAGAGGUUAAAUUACAAAAUUACAAAUGUUAAAGAUGUUUUUUUUUUAGUAAAGUUCAGGUGCUUUAAUUGAUGUGUGGUUGUUAGAAAAUACAAAUUUAUAAUCAUCUUAAGCUGUAGUUGGAGAUUUUUUUGCAAACUGCAUAAUUACUGAACAAGUUAGGAGCAAUAUACACUUAAAACAGGAGUAAACAAGUUUAAUUUUAUUCUCUUUAAUCAGAAAAGAGCACAAAACUGAGACAUAAAUAAUAAUAACUUUUGUCGUUGGUCCUGCGUACCUAUGAAGAUGGUCUAAUGAUGUCUGCUCAUAAGAAUAACAAAUUGAUGAAAAAAACCCAGCCUUAGUUAAGCCUGAAGAUCUCAAGCACUGAGAGUAACUGAGCUGUUUUUGUAAUAAACUUCUGAAAGUGCUCAAAUGGCUGUAGGAAGAAAAGUGACAUUCAGCCUGUGCUUGCUGUUUUGCUCUGCUCCUCAUCGAAGCGCCAAUUCCUUAGAUUGAGUUUCAGUAAAUCCAGGAGUUUGUUCCCUUUGGACUGCAGUGCUCCAUUACAGCCACUCGCAGGUGACGUAUACUGUAUUUCACUUUACACGGAACUGUUAGUUUCUUUUUUUUUUUCUUUUUUGAAAACUGCCAAUGAGAUUAUCUGGCUUCUGAUUUCUUGUUCAUAAUUCCUGGGGAAAUGUUUUCUCACAGACACAAUGACCAGACUUUUUAAUUACAGUGUUGAGCAAUGAGUCACCAAACAAUCCAGACUUUCAACAGCAGCCUAACCUCAUUUUUCAGUCUGCAACUUAACCAGACUUUCCCCCACUCUUCAUCUAGUUCUUUGUGACUAUUUGAAUGCUUUUGAAAUUUACAGCAUAUUGUCAGCAUGCCGGAGCAACAACGUAACCUGACAAACCAAAUACCCUGUGUUUUCUUACUUAUUAGGAAAUCUGAAUAAUUUUUACUGUUCAGCUCUUAUUGCUCAUUCGCUGUCUUAUUUUUAUAUUCCAGGAAGUUCCCUCUGAAGCAGGGAGUGUCUGCAUAUAAAAUGGUCUGCAGUUCUCUGCUUCAUAGGUCAGAAGCUUGUUUAUUUUGUUUCUGUGGCUACGCUCAGUCCCAACCAAAUGAACUUUUGUAGCAAAAAGAAAAAAAAAAAGAAAAACUUGAAAAUUCAAAGCUCCAAUAACUGGCAUGCAUUAUAUUGUGCAUAUUUCUGUUCUAAACUUCCCUCUCCAUUUCAUUAUUUUCACAAACGACUUUGUCAGGCUAACAUUAACACAGUACUUUUCAAAAUGAUAGAUUCACCCACUUUUUUUUCUUGACAAGUUAAAUCUGUUCACAAGAAGUUUAAUUAUCUUUAUUUUUAAUUUAAUCAUUUUUUGUUUUGCCCCUUUAUAAAUACAGAUAUACUACGCUUCACAUACUGUACAUUUAAACACCUUUAGAGUAGCAAAGACACACACACACAGAGCACAGAAGAUCCAAUGAAAGGGGGAAUUUUUAAUUGGAUAAACACAAAAAUAAUGUUUCAAAAAGAAGCCAAAAAAGAAAAAUCAUGAACAAAUUUUGCUGCUUAAAUGGGACUGCUAGCCAAUGCUGGUUGGGAUGCCUUUAUUCACUUUAUAAUUAUCUGCACUGUAGAUGCCAUGUCCUCCUCUAUGACCCUGGAAGGCCCCCGCAGUGCUUUUUCCACCUCUUCCAGCUCCGCUGUUCAUUCCAGUGCUACAGCCAGUGACCAGAACCCGGUUCACAGCGGCAAUGUCGACGCAGACGACAUCAGGAGUAGUAGAGGGGGAUUGGACGUGGUCGGCGCGGAGGGUGGGAAUGGUAACGCCAGGGGAAGCGGUGAGAUGACCCCGUCAAAGCGCCGCACAGUACUGAAUAUCUCUCCGCCUCCACAAGAUCUGUUUGAUGACAGCCAGAUGUCCUGCCAGGGUGAAACAUCCCUGGAUUCUGAGCAGAGUAACAGCAUCUGGAUGGAUGACUCUCUCACCAACUUCAGCAUGAUGAGCAGCGUCUCCUACAACGACAACACAGAGGUGCCACGGAAGUCCCGCAAACGGACCCCUCGCCAGAGGCCUGGUCCUAAAUCUGCGCCUGCAGGGGAAGGCAGCAUGGACAUGUUUGACGCAGAUAGUGCUAAAGCUCCACACUUUGUUCUCUCACAGCUGGGCCCUGACAGCAAAACCGGAGCAAAAGGAAGGUUUGUAAAACUUAAAGAUUGAGCCGGGUUGAGAUGCUUUGCUGUUGACCCGGACUCCGUGUUUAUGUGCAGAAAGGAAUGAUCAAACUAGGGGUCUAAUAAAACUCUUUGACCUGCACCAGCUUUUGUAAGUGUCUCUGAAGCUCUGCACAAAAUGCACUUUUUUCUACAAAGACGCUCCAGAGAUGAAAUCAUUUAUGAAUAAAUGAACAUUUCUUAUGAUACUACAGUUUUGCCCAUUUGGAAGAAAUCUUUCAAAAAAGGUUUUAGCCUCUUAAAUUUGAGAAUUUAAUCAUAAUUUUUAUAUUUUUAGACUUCAUUAAUGAAUUAAAGAAGAAAACAACAAGAAGAUUACAUAGCAAUAAAACCCAGCUGCAGCACAAAAUGUUCCCUCAUUACAGUCACAGUGGUGGAGUCAAACGUGUGCACAAGAAUCUCCAGUUUUUCACCAAGAAUCUGAUCUGAUGAUUGUCCAACCAACAGACUUCCAUCACUUUAGACUCGAUAAACAAACAACCCUAGUUCCAAUUCCAAUGACACUGGGAUGCUGUGUAAACACUGAUGAAAACAGACAUCAGCGGUUUGCACAUCUUCAAGUAGUUAUUCAUGAUGAUCCAUCAAAUGUUGAAACUGAACGGUUUAAUUAAGCCCGUUUUUGGUUGGACUGUGACAAAGUGGAAACAUAUCCAGCAGAGUGACAUUUUAAUAUUUGACAUUCUUCUAGAAAAUCAUGGCUGAUGUGUCUUCUGCUUUUAAAGAGGAAAGGGAACACACACCAUGUUUUCAGUGGACACUUUCAAAGCCAGCAUUUUGCUAUGGGGAUGCAGAGGUUCCCAUGGCAUGGAUUGCUUACAUAUGUGGGAAGGAACCAUUAUUGCUUAACAUUAUAUACAGGUUUUUGGAGCGACAAAUGCUGCCGUCUGAAUCUGCGCAUUUCAGCAAGACAAAGAUAGAGUUUCUGCUGAACCAUAUUCUGCACGGUGGAAGAGUCCAGGCCCUAAACGAGCCUGCCCACAGCUCUGUGGAAACAUUUCCAACAAUCAUUCAGCAACUUUCAGGAUUUUGGGGUGUAUAUACCUGCAUGUAUUCUAUGUAGUGUUGUAAAAAGGACAAAGAAAAACAGUAGCCAUGUUUACAUGGGCAAAAUUUCUUGAUCCGAUUAAAAAUUUGAGGGAUCAGAUAAUCUGAAUCGACUGUUUAUGUGAGCACAAAAUCAAAUAAUCCGAUCAUGACGUGCGUAUACAUGCACCAAGCUUUAUUCAGAUUAGAAGCAUUUGGACAUGCGCCAAAACAACCACAGAAGAAGAGUUGUAUUUACGCCUGUGCUGUCAAAAACCAUCAAACGUGGUAGUGGCUCACUCCAUCCAGUUCAGGAGUAUCCUCCCUGUUAAAUGUUGUCACUAGAUGGCGCUCUUGCCUACUUAUUUUACUGUUCUGUCAAAGGUUGCACUAUGCAUGCAGAUGCGACAUCAUUACACUGUAUGUACGCCUUGUUAUGUUACCAGAUGCGGCAUCUGUCGUUGUGUUUUAUGACAAAAGUGUUAAUAAUGAAACCUCCUGAACUGACCUCAAUAAAUAAACCAAAGGCUAAAGAGUGACGAUCGAGUCAGGUCACGAUCGGAAUAAGUGUUUACCUGGACGCGCUUCGGAAUAACGAUUGGCAUAAACCACUCCUCUCGAUCGAAAUACAAUUUCUCUCUGAUUGAACCGAAUUGGAUCAGAAUCCUCCGAUCGACAUGUUUACCUGACGCAUUUUUAUUCAGAUUAUUUGUGCUCAUAUAAACACAGCUAGUGACUUUGCUUAUAGUGGUAAAUUGAUAAGCAGUUUUCACAUGGCAUCGUUAUCAUUUCAUCAAUGCAUUUAUGCAGGUUUUAUCUAACAUUACUGCUGUUAAUGGCCCUUCUGCUCUUGUGUCAUGCAGCACUCAUUUCAAUUAUUAAAAAAUCUGUUAAUAGGAAAUUACUCAUUGUAUAACAGAUGGAAAUCUCCAACCAUUUAUUUUGACCCUGAAUUUCCCACCACACAUUGACUGAAGAAGAGUGGUUUGAUCAGAGAGGAGGGAGGGGCAGGAUACUGAAGUCCAAACAAUGGUCAGCCAGAGUGAAUCACAGAACCGCUCUCCAAGGCCUGGGAUAAGCAGAGGAGAUUAAAGAAACAGAUAUCUCUGUUUAAGAGCUGGGGGUAAAAUAUGCCUGCUUGAUGGAGGGCCUGUUAACCUUGCAUUGCUUUGAGCAUCACUGGGCCGUAGGGAUCUAAAAAGAAACAAAAACAGAGUCACUUUCUAUCAAAUUUGAGAAAUUGCCAGCAGGUUUGCAUGAAGUAAAAUGACACUGAGAUGAAAUCUUGAGAUCUAAUUGAACUGUUGGUGUCUUUGUUGCAGCUCUGAUGACCUUCAGAUGACUAAACAGAAAGGAGGAACUCUUCUGAUGCAGUACCCACAGAAAUGUGAGGGGAAGGAGCUGAAGAUCCUGGUCCAGCCUGAGACCCAACACCGAGCUCGUUAUCUGACCGAAGGCAGCAGAGGGUCUGUGAAGGACCGCACACAGCAGAGCUUCCCAACUGUGAAGGUAACUUUCAAAACGUGCGGCUUGGACUCUGCUAACUUUCCGUAGCUGAAGGUUGUGUUAAUGAUUGGAUUACCGACUGGGGGUUGUGAGGGAUUUGCUAUUUCUGGAGCUACUGAAGCGGUGGUGCAAACAAUGUCAAAUAUGUUUAAGGUGAGAGGGUAAAAGUCUGUGUGAGGAAGUGGAAAGUCUUUUUCAAGCAGGGACUGAAUAUGUUACAUAGUGAGUUCAUACUCUUCCUGUCAAUGUCAUCUCCUAUUACUCAUUUAAUGUUUCCUCUCCUUUAGGAUAUAUUUUUAACUUUUCCAUUGUUUUCUAUUGUUUAGCAUUAAGGGAGUGUCACAAAAGAUUGUAUCAAAAAGAUUUAAGAUAGAUUUCAACAACCCCUCUUCAUACCCAGCAUGACUGAACUUCUUUACUCUUUAAGUUGUGCUAAUUAAAAAGGGCUAGACAAGAUCAUGGAUGUGGUUCAGGUCUAGUUUUCAUGAAAAUCAGUCUUAGGGAGCUUUCACACAUACAUUGUUUGGUCCAGACAUAGGUGAUAGGUGUCAAUCCUCCCCAGGACCUUGGUCCGGACCAAACAGCCAGACGUGGUCUCGGUCCUGAUCAAACUGAACCACGGUCUGGUUCAUGCCCAGUGUGAAAGAAUUAUUUUGAAAGGUUCGGACCUUCGUACCAAAGACAGGAAAUGAAGCGAGGAGUAGUAGUAUCCUUUAUUACGUUGAAUGGAGAUUGUCCAAGAAUGGGAAAUUUUAUAACAUUGUAAAUACCUCACUAUUCUCACAACUUGUCAAGAGUCGAUGUCGAUAAAGUCGUCGUCUAAUGAUCAAACUCAUGGGACUUUCUCAGACCAGCCUCAUGUUCAGCUUUAAGUUGUCGCUGUUGGAGGUAGAAAAUCAAAAACAAUACAAUGGUGGGAAUGAUGAUUUCAUCCGUGUUUACACCAUUCAAGACCUGCGCUUUUCAACGUGUUGACGUCAGACGCCCGCUGGCCUAAUAACCAAUCAAUGUAAACUACAGAGACACGCAAAGCACAUAGUUGAUGAUGAUAUCACGCAGGUUCGUCAUGUAAAGUCUGUUAUACCGUUUGCAAUAAUGACAGUGUAAAACUUAAACAGACCGAACCAGAUGUGAACAGUUUUUCAAAAACACAGACCUUGGUCAGGUUAUUUUUUUAUUUCAGUUUAACAAUUAAAUUACAAAUAUAGUGUCAACUACUUAUCUGUUUUAACUUUAGUUAGUUAUCGAGGUUUCCUGUUCCUGAGAAUAUAGAAAGGAAAGAGGAGGUAAUGAGUUUGGAGUUCAAUGUUUGAGCUGUAAAUUUUGACACAAAGCAGUGUGAGCUCUGAUGGAGAAGCCGUUGACUUGUUUUUACUGACAACAAUUUUAAAGAGCUGACUGACACAUGCAGAAAACCAGGAAACUGACAAAUACAGAGUAACUACAAAAGAUCCCAAACACAGGCUUUUUUAAGGCUGGAGAGAAAGAUGAUGUGUUGAUAUGCAAACUAGGCCCAAAUUCAGUAAAUCACUCUAAAUGGGCAGGAAACAUCAAGCUCAACUGCAUAAUGUAAAGAUGUUACAAAAUGUGGAGACCAAGAUCCAACAUAUGCGGUCACAAAGCUCGCUAUUCGUUAAUUUCCUGGCACAGUAGGAGCUGAAGUCUUCAACCAAAUCUUCUAUAUCACACUAAAAUAAAUCUGUUCUUGAUGGGUACGUUUCUCGUCUUCUUGUGUUCCCUCAGCUGGAAGGAGUCAACGAGCCGGUCGUUCUGCAGGUGUUCGUGGGCAAUGAUGCCGGUCGUGUGAAGCCUCAUGGAUUUUACCAGGCCUGCAGGGUCACCGGCCGAAACACCACGGCCUGCAAAGAGGUGGACAUUGAUGGCACAACUGUCAUCGAGGUGUCCCUUGAUCCAAGCACGAUGAUGACACUAGCGUAAUGUCAAAUUUUACUGUUUUUUUUAAAUGAAUUUGAUCUUUUUGUCCACAUACACAAACCACAAAAAACGCUUUCUUUAAUAUGCAUUGGCGCCUCACAGAUAAUGCAAAGUCAUUGCUUAACAACACAAUGGCAGACAUCCAUGUGAAGUGUAAAGUACAUUCUUCCCCUUAGGGAAAUCUGUGGUAAUGAAACGCUCAGGUAUUUAGUGUGGUGAAGAGCUGCUGGUUUAGCAAACACUGUAAAGUUUGUUGUUUAAACUGUGAGUUUUUCCAAGCUUUCCUUGUUUCUCCAUGCAGGGUGGACUGUGUCGGGAUCUUAAAGCUGCGUAAUGCUGAUGUCGAGGCUCGUAUCGGUGUGGCCGGGUCAAAGAAGAAGAGCACACGCGCACGGCUGGUGUUUCGGGUCAACAUCCCCCGUCCAGAUGGUUCAGUGCUAACACUACAGACUCCCUCAUCUCCGAUCCUGUGCAGUAAGUCUCUCCCCUUGUGCUUUUCUGUGUAAAUGCUAUCCAAUGAAUGAGGUGUCUUGUCCAAAGACUAAAAGACAAAAUAUGAGUUCUAUCGAGAGAAAACAGACCGUUGAACAGUUACCUACUCGGUCAUUAUAAACAGAAGUGUCUUCCUCCUUUCAACAGGAGAGGUCCUGUUUGUAGGUUUAAUGUUGCCCGAGGUCCGAAGACAGCUGUCUUUUGAUGUCCGCAUUCAGAGACAAUGAGCAGAGAUCCCUUCAGAUCCAAGUGUUAUUUGAUAAUGCAUACAGUAUGAGGGUGUGGUUGGUUUCAUAAACAGGAAAGACGCUUAGGGCCAUAAGAAAGAUUCUGAGUAAGGAGAUUUGGCAGAAAUGCUUUGAGAGACAGAGAGAGAGACAUGGGAGAAAGAGAAGGAAAGGACAAAACAAUGGAGAUGUGUGGACCUUUAUUGUUUACACAGAGCCAGAGCGCAACCCAGGGAAAUAUCUUUCCACCAAAGCAAAGGAGGAAAAAAAAAGUAAUCCCCCAUUGGCAUCUGUGCAUGAGUGUGUGCGAGUGUGUGUGUGUGUGGGUGUGCAGACCAGUGAGAAAGCUUUGUGAUAUGUUUGAGAGGCGAAGGGGAGUGGUUUGAGCCACAGGUUGCUCGAAGUUCUUUUUGGAGGUCGGUGAGAAGUGACCUGUAUUUGAGUUAGACGACCAUACCACACCUGUGUGUUUAAAGUAUCGGCAGCUUUUUGAAAGCGUCAGAUUUAUUUCUCCUAAGAAGAUGGGUCCUUAAAGAUUUUUUUUAAGAUGUAGAAAAAUUGCGUAAUAAGUCCUCGAUAGUCAGUUAGGAAUUAUGUUGUUGCAGAUGGCAGGUUUCCAGGAUACAUCAGUCAGAGUGUUAAGCAAUAAAGUGUGUGACCUAUUUGUUGAGCAUUGUUCGAGCCAAAGCAGGUACUUCUACUCACUUUAAAAGAAGCUACUUGUUUACUUAGUCUGUCAUGAAUCGGGAAAAAUCAGUUUCAGCUAAACUUGAGUCGAUGUUUUUAAAUGGUGGAUCCUUUCGUUAAUUUCUUCCACUUAUGUUCAUGUAUAAAAUUCAAAGUUAUUACUUCUUGUAAUGCAGGAAAGUUCUUGAGAUAGUAUUCAAUAUUAAAGGACUGACCUUAAAAACAGGGUUUCUACGCAAGUAUGGAAGUAAUUUGAUCAAUUUCCAGGUCUUAGAAUGUAUGGUAAAUGAAAAAUGAAGUUAUAAAGUUAUACAGUUAUAAAAGACUGUGUUCUAAAAUAGAAAAUUAGGUAUUUCCAAAAAUAAUUCUAAAAAGUAGGGUAUGGAAAAAUAUGGACAUUCCAGCUGUGUAGGAAACCUGUAAAAAUGUAUCUGUAAACCUUUAUUAACCUUGAAUUUUAAAACACUGAUGUCAGUCUCACUUGACCAAUUAGCCUCAUAAGGAGAGCCGUCUGAUCCUGGUUAAUAACUGUGAAUAGUGUCUUAGGACAGCAGGAGAUGCAGUUUGGAUUGAGUUGGAUUAAGAUUGCCAGUAAAAUUAAUCCUAUUGAUGACCUAACACUGUUUCCAUCAUAUUCCAGCCCAGCCUGCAGGUUGUCCGGAGAUCCUGAAGAAAUCACUGCACAGUUGUUCAGUGAGAGGCGGAGAAGAGGUUUUUAUUAUCGGCAAAAACUUCCUUAAAGACACCAAAGUCAUAUUUCAAGAAAACGUUUCAGGUAAGAAGUGAGACUCAGGCAGUUUAAAUGAUUUGAUGUCUUUUCUCUUCAUGCUUUUUCAUCAAACUAAACCUGCUUCAUAUUCUGUUGGUUCCAGAUGAGAAUUCAUGGAAGGCUGAGGCUGAAAUUGACAUGGAGCUUUUCCACCAGGUACACAUGUGAUUUGUUCUUGUGUUAUAAUUGUAACAAAUGAUUAAUGCUAAUUACUAAUGAGCUAAGUAGACAGAAGCAGCCAUUUCAGAUUUGUAUGGGGAUUGAGAUGUAAUCAUCUUAAACUGCUGCUGCUGAAUCAAAGGUCUGAGUAGUCUCUUUGUGCUCUGACCUAAUUACACUCAGUCUCAAAGGCUGCACUCAGUCCAGUUACAAUCUUAAGAUGAAUGGAUGAAUGUGCAGCUAAUAGAGGAGGUUUGUCUUUGUGAUUGUUUUCAUGUCAAUCAGUUAGUUGUGAAUAUAACAAUGAGGGAAACAGAAAACAUUGUUUCCAUACUAAUGCACAGCACAUUAUUUACUCAAACAAUACAUGACGAGUCAUUUCCGUCAAUGCAGAAACAUCACUACGAAGAUUGUAUUUUUUUUUUCUUAUUCACAGCACAUAAUUACAUAACAACCCCUUUCUGUAAGAAAAUGUGUAAUAUGUAUGACGGAAAGUAAGGGCAUAUUAAGAAAAAAAAUUAAGACUUUAGGACUUUAUUCUGACUUUAUUCUUGUAAGUAAUAACUUGGUAACAAAUUUAUUCUCGUACGUAAGGAUUUUAUUACAACUUUAUUCUUGUAAUUACUUUAUUAUGAAUUUAUUCAUCUUGAAAUUUUGGCUUUAUUCACAUAAUUUACAUUUUUUUUAAUCUUGAAAUUUCGAUUUUUUUCAUUUCGACUUUAAAAUUUCGACUUUAAUCUCAAAAUGGAAAUUAAAACAAUCUCCCUCCUGUAAUUAUUUUUUUUUCUCAUCUUGUGGCUCUAAUCCUCUUUGGUAAAUAUGCCACUGAUUUCCGAAUGUUCAUGCUAAAAAAAUCCCUGAUAUACACAAAAUAAACACUCCUGUUGUACAUUUACUCACAAGUUUUUCACCUCAGUAAUUCAACUCAACUCAAACUUCGUUUAUAGAGCACUUGAAAACAACCGGGGUCGACCAAAGUGCUGAACAGACUGAAAGCAGCAGGGAUGAUAAAAAUGAACACUAACAUACAUAAACAUCAAACACAGUGUUUUAAAAACGGAAUACAAUUAAAUAGAUUAAAAUUAAGUCUGAGUUUUGCCAGAAGUCCACUUAAACUCAAUGAAUUGAGUUGAUCAGAGAAGUGCACAAGUUUUCAUGCACUGUUACUGACCGUUUUUAAUGAUUGCCUUUCAGAAUCACUUGAUAGUGAAGGUUCCUCCCUACCAGAACCACGCCAUCACCUCCUCUGUGUGUGUGGGGAUCUAUGUGGUGACAAAUGCUGGGAGAUCUCAUGAUGUUCAGCCGUUUACCUACACGCCUGAUACAGGUUAGUUCAUGUCACUAUAAUAACAUAAAGUUUAUUUGUGUAGCUCUUUUUUUAAUUCAACUGAUUGGAGGAUCAGCUUUCUAUACUUGAGUAGGUGAUUUAUUAUUUGCAAAGUACUUUUUUGACUUGUCUGCUGGCACUGGGCUGACUCACUUCCCUUCAAAUCUUGAUAACACCGCCACCUACAGUUCAGUGGGAGUAAAGCAAGCAUUAACAUUGGUGGUCAAAUCUUUCAAGGGCCCCAAAACAAAACUUGAAAGGAAUCCACGGUUAUCCUCAGCAGGCAGUAUUUUGAAUACCUAAGCCACAAAACCCCCAAAGAUCUGUUGAUGGGAUUAACUCAAGUAAAACAAUAAACAAUGUGAUUUCCUGUCCUGUGCAGCGCCUUUAGCCUCUACACUCAUAACAUUAUUGCAAUACUGUAUAUUUACAUCAAUUGUCCAAAAUAUCAGACUCAAAGCAAAAAAAAAUCUACAAAUGAUUUCCCUUUUAGCGAAAAAUGAUCUUCCUGUGAAGACAGAGGCUCCAUCUCCAGUGAAGACUUGCCCUUUUGAUGAACAAAUCAAAGGUUUGUUUUCCUUCAUGAACUCUUCUACAAAACCAUGAGCGAUGAUGAAUUGUGCCCGCAUAUUUGAAUCUUUGAACGCAAAUAAUCCUAAAUUAAACAUUGCCUGAUUGUUUUCUUUUUUCUUUGGCAGCACUAGAUGGUGCCUUGAUGCCUUCAUUGUUGCCGUUAGUGAAGAGAGAAGAUGUCACUCCGAUGGAGGUCACCAGCAACCUACAAUCCUCGGGUGUAUUUAAGGUGAUCUGUGAGGUCAUGACCUUAAAGGGAUAUUCCGACGUAAAUUUAAGUUUACCCCAGUUGGCAAAAUUCAUCUCUCGAGGGAGAGUCUAACUCGGUGUUACGAUGUGUUUGACCCUGAAUUAAUUUUAUGCCGGAAUAUCCCUUCAAUUGUCACCUUCUUGAAUUGUAGAUAACUUUGAAGUUUUCUUUUUUUUAAUCGGUCAGCUCAUGUCUUGCUCUCCUGUUGUUCUUGUAUGUAGAAAAUUUUCAUUUACACUAAAUAGAUUUUUUUCUUCUCAGCAGACUGAGGAUUUGUGCACAGCCCAGCAGAACUCAGCCAUGACUGUAGGCCAUCUAAAUAAAAACAGACCAUUCUCCAACAGCCUAACUCAGCCUGCAGGUGACCCUGACAAAGGCCAGCCUCCUGUUUUUACCAACACAGAGCCCUUGAGCACGAUCCAGACACAGGACAUUGCAGCCCCCAGCUCAUUUUCAGUGUCUGCUGACUCUCUGCUGCAGCAGAGCUCACAGCAGUUCCUCCUGGAGAGAGAGGGCCUAGGUCAGGAGAGGCCUGGCAGCGGCUCUGGGGCUGUCGGGAGGCUGUGCGGAGAACCGACACCUCAGCAGCAGCAGAUGCCCAUGUUUCCCCCAGAUGAAGUGGCCCAGCUGGAGGAAGCUGUCAGACAGCUCAAAGCAAAGGGGUUCUGUAACUUACCACUCCAGUCUGAUGACUCCACGGCCAAACAGCAGCAACAGCACAUCCAGCACCAACAACAGAUCCAGAAGCAGCAAAUUCAGCAACAACAAAUUCAGCAGCAGCAGCUUCAGCAACAGCAACAGCUUCAGCAGCAGCAGCAGCAGCAACAAAUUCAGCAGCAGCAGCAGCAGCUUCAGCAGCAGCAACAGCAGCAAGUUUUGGAGAAUCUACAGCAGCAGCUGUUUCAGUCACAGAUUCAGAUGCAGUGCGGCAUGUUUCAGGAUGCUUCUCAAGGCAAGAGCACAGAGCAGCAGGGCUCACCACAAGGAGUGGUGCCGAACCAGGGGACACUUUUCCAACAGGCCCAGCAGCAGCAACAACAACAACAACAACAGCAGCAGGCAGCUCUUUUUCAGCAGGCGAGUGACCUCCUCUCCAUUCAGACCAACUUCCUCCAGCAGACACCUUCACACCCUUCUCCACCCAUGUUCCACAAUCCCUCCGCUCUGGCUGAAACACAAGAUCCUCAGAGGGGACUGUUUCAGAAAGCCUCCCAGGAGCAGGUCCAGGCCGCUCUUUUCCAAAGCACCAUGACAGUCCUGCAGUCUCCAGACCAGCAGCCCUCGACCCCAGGGCUUUUUCUUCCUCAGAGCAGCAGUACCCAACAACAACAACAACAACAGCAGCAGAUGGCAUUUCUUAGUGCCCUUCAAACUCCUGCUGCUGAACCACAGUCAGUAUUUCAGGCUCAGACCCAGCUUUCCCCUAUCCAACAGAGAGGCCCCAUGGAGCAGCAGCAGCCCACCCAGCCACAGCCCCACACACAGACGGCCCAGCAGCCCCCCCUGUUUCAGAACAUCUCCCAACAUCCAGCAGCAAACACUCUCAGCCCGAGCCAGCAGCAGCAGCAGCAGCAAGCUGGUCUCCUCUUCUGCAACAACCGCCUCUCUUCUCCAGAUCAGGCCUCCAGCCUCAUAUUCAGCAGCCAGGGCCAGAUGCCACCGCUAACCAGCAGCAGUAUAGUUUCCCAGGAGGCCCAGAACCCGUCUCUGCUCUUUUCCCAGGCCAGCAUGGUAACAGUCAGCCAGCAAGAUCGCUCUGAGCCCAUGGCCUUGGGGAACCCGGCAGAUCCUCGACAGCAAGUCAUGUUUCAGGAGCAACAGCCAAUGCAGCUGGGCACCAACGCAAACAGCCAGCAGGAGCAGCCUGUGGGUGUCUUUAUGCCUCAGUCAAACAUGCCCCCCUUGCAGGGGGGACUGGCUGCUCAAGAGCUCUCACAGUCAGCCAUGUUUGGCUCUCAGAAUGGUGUGGCAAACCUCCAGACAACCACCUCCUCUCCUGUGCAACAGCCAGGUUCUCUGUUUCAGACAUCUGUCAGUGGAAACAUAAAUCAGCCCAGCCAGCGUCCACAACCUGGGCUCUUCCUGUUUGGGAUUCAGAAUGGUAAGCACACUUGAAUACACAGAUGCACACCCUUACCUGGCAAUGGACUGCAAUGUUUUUAUACUUGUUUUUUUUUUAUAUAUAUAUUUUUUUAUCAUUAAUGAUAUUUUUCAAAUUUAAAUUAAAGAGUGCAAAUAAGGUAAAUACUUUUUGCUCAAUUUUUACACAACCAGAAGUGCUGGAACAGAUACAAAUAAUAAAAAUAAAUAUAAAAAUGAUAAAAUCAGAGUCAUCAUAGAUAUGACUGUAUGAGAGUACAAACUGAGGUAUCAUCAAAAUAAAGGGAAAAGAAAUACAGGACAUGUACAUACACAAAUAAUGGCAAUAAUACAAUGUCGAGUUGAUUUAAUUGUAUAAAUAGUGAAAAAAGGGAAAUAUAGUUUGCAAUAUAUAUACACAUAAAUAUAUAUAAAUAUAUAUAUUUAUAUAUAUAAAGAGAGAUAACUAUUGAUAGUAAUAAUGAUAAUAAUGAUAAUAAUAAUAAUUAUUAUUAUUAUUAUUAUUUUUUAUUUUUUUUUAUGAAUAUAAUAAAAAGUUAGGUAGAUGAUUUAGUAAUAAUAGUAAUAAUAAUACAGUAAAUUUAUACUUUUAUACCUCAUUUUAUACUUGUUUCACACAACAUUAAGCUACAAAGGUAUUUUAACAUCUAUCUAUGCAAACCAUCCUUAGAACUAAUGAUCAAGACAAAUGUGUUUAUCAAAUAGGAAUAAAGCCUCAAGGAAAAUAAAGAUUAAUUUCUUUUCACAGUGAAUUUACAGGCAAUUACUGUUUUGUAGAUGCGUUUUUGAAUCCCUCUGAUGAAGGUCACCAUCCUUAGUGUAUGUAUUUUUAUCAACUGAGCUACAGAUAAACAUUUUGUGUCUAUUCACGAGUCGCAGUUCGACCAACAGAUCGUGAAAUUUGCAGCAACACAUAUGUAAAUGAAAUACAUGCUUGUUAAAGAAGUAACUUUCUGUCUGUUUGUGCUCUCGUAGAUGUUUGGUUCUGACCAGCUUUUUCCCCCCUCCCUCCCUGCAGAGUGUGGUCAGCUGAUGAACUCUCCCGGAAACACGCUGUCGGAUCAGAUCAUAGCUAUCAGCCAGUCGGGUCAGAACCAAAGAGAGAGUGAAGCUCACAUCCAGUCUCUGCUCAGCCAGUCUCUGUCUCAGUCUGGACCCGUGCAGACUUCCAGUAUGACCGCCUCUCAGAACAUGGAGAAGAUUGACGACCUGCUCGUCAGCCUGCAGGAGUCUGGCAGCAACUUAACUCGCUCAUACUAACCUCUGUGGCAGGUUCUCAGAUUUUCCUCGUAUUUAUCAGUGAUAUCAGUAUAAUUCUUGAAAGUUGACAUAAUAAUCAAUUAGUGUAUCCUGACUAGAAGUCUAAGGUUUAAGAACUCGUCCUGCAUCAUGAAGUUUGAGACAAAAUGUACAUGAUGUGGCAUUAUGAGAUCAGAUAUCAGAUCAUAUGUCUUUUCCAUUUUCUCUUCUUCUUUUAGCCCCCCACCCUCCCACAGUUAUAUCCCAGACUGAAUUAUAGACUUUAUAUCACUAACUAGCAAAAAGUUGAUGAAUUCAUGUCCAGAAAUCUUAGUGGGAAUUUGGUUUUGGAUUUCUUAGCUGUGCGGACAGCCAAGAAAAGUGAAAAGUGACUUCAUGACUGACUCACAAUUGUUAAAAAAUGCAAAGUGAGAGAGACCCACGCUAAAACUGGAGCCUUUUUACCCAGAGAACUUGUGCAGUUUUGUGUUUAUCUGUAGAUAGUCUGAUACGUUAGCAGCAGCAUCUUUCAGGUAUUGUGACGUUCUCCAAAGUGUUGAGUAGUUUUCGUGAAUAGUGUUCCCCUUUAACUCAUUUAAUGUCUUUUUUUUGUUGUUGUUGUUGCGUUGAGGGUUUUGUGUGAGGUUUUGCAGAAAUGACUGAGCAGGAUGUGGUAUGUUUGGUUGAAAGUAGCCGCUGUUGAUGAGUUUUAAAAGAACUCUCAUGUCGUUCGACGGUGCAGAAAGUUUAUCUGAAGAAGGUCAGAGAAGUUUAAUGGAGAUGGGGAAAUAAGAGUGAGAAGGAUUUCAGGAAUUGACGUAGUUUAAUAUGUUGUCACAAGCAAGAGACAAUCUUAUACAGAAUGUAGGUGCUUGUUUUGUCAUUGUUUAUCCUACAAAGUGGCUUUUUCAUUCAGACAGAGGCUGCUUGGAUAACUUAAGGAAUGUGAGUAUUUUUUCCAUAAAAUGCUGAAUUAGAUCUGUUUUUUUUAGAUCUGUUCAGCACAGUAUUACCUGAAGAAGAACAUGUGCCGUUAAGCAACGGCUGUGCAGUUGAGAUUGCCACCUUCAGCUGUGAUGAAAUCUUUCAUUAUGACAACACACGCACCUCCACCAUAGUGUACAGAUAGCACUUUGAGUUUAAGGCAAGCAAACGUGUUCAGGCUAAUGUUUAGUCUCUAUUUGUUUAAUCCAAACUGUGUCAGUUUGUGGCUUCGUGGAAACAGAUUCUCCUUUUUGUACGUGACGAAGAGAUGAUGGUUUCACAAAAGCUUGGGGGCAGAAAAUUACGAUAAAUGUUGGCUUUUUUCUGUUUUGUGUGAUCACUUCACUCACUGAGGGUUCAGCUCAGUCUCGCAAGCAGUGGAGAUCCCCUCGUUUACAGCAUAGAAGAUUCAUUUCUUGUGUGCGCACAUCAUAAUCAUUGCCGUUCUGUGUUAGCAUAGCAAUAUCUUUGCAAUCAUGCAGAAAUAAUCUUCAGUCUUUCUCUGCAUUUUAUCGUCAGCCAAGGUGGAACCAUCCAUUCCCAAAACAAAACAAUCAUUAUUUAUUCCUGAAAACCAGCUGAGACACACAUGUGGAUCAAGACAUUCAAAUAAUGUGAUAGCAGGAAACUCUUAUUUAUGUACAUGCAUCUACAGUAGAGGGAGUGUAAUGAAGCGUAUUAUUGUUUUUGUCAUAGAAGUUAGAUCAAUCUGGGUUUUAGAGACAGUGUGAUGCCAUCAUUCUGCGUCAGGCACGCAUGAACUGGAAUAGUGUUCUUUCACAAGCUAGAAACGAGCCUUUUUUAACCUGUUUUAUGAAUGUGAUGGGUUUGGGGAAUCUAGAGGAGAAGAAGCAAGAGUUUGUUGGCUACAUCUCACCCAACUUAAGGUAUUAACAUGCAGGAACAGAGCUCUUUUUACGCCUCUUUCUUAAGUAAACUUUACAAGUUUUAUAGAUUAAAGUCGAAAGUCUUUGUCUGCAGUUGGCCAUUGGCCUCAGGACCAAAGUUUGACAUGAAUCUUGCUUUGUAUAACUCCUGAUGACAGGCCAGUUUUAUGGCUUUUAAUUUUCUUUUCUUAAGGAGUUAAAAUUUUAGCCUAACUUUUGACUCCUAAAUUACGUAUUUCCAUAUCAGGCAUGAUGUCACAGUUUUCUUUCCGUUUGUCUGUUGUAUUGUUUUAAACGUACGUUUGUCAUGUUUCGUUUCACUGUCAGUGUGUGCAUGAACAAGGGGCUGGUCUCUGAUGAUGACAGGAUUUGCUGAGUUUUAUGCCUCAUCUGUUGUCUUUUUGUCUUUGUACAGUUUGUUAGAAACAUAUCAACACUGUUACAUUUUAUACACUUUUAAAUCAAAUCAGAAACGGCUGUUUUUUGGAGAUCGUGUGAACUUGGCUGAUGUUAUUUGUUGAACUAUGCCAAACACUUCAGUGUAUUUGUUUGAGCAGUGUGAGUGGUUUUUAAAGGGACCCUACUCCUGAAGGAAACCUGGCUUUGGAGAAAAGACCAAUCUGUGAUAAGCUUUCUUCAACUUGUGAAAUAGAAGAACCUAAAUGUCUAGUAUUUAUGAUUUGAUUUGUUUCCUUAACAUUACACCCAAUAUCUCUUAUUCACCAUUUGUAUUUUAAUAGGGUUCCCUCGGCUCUUUUCAGACAUUUAUAUCUUAUUUAUUUGGGUGCCUUUUUUUUUUUUCAAAACUGUUCCCCACGAUCACAGUUCUACUCAUAUGUUUUCCAACCUUAUUCAGUGGCGGAAAGACAUGCUGUUAGUGGCAAAUAGGGACGAUGCUUUUGCAUGUUAAAGUUUUGUGCCUUGUUUGCCACAAAUAACCGUUAAAGUGAAUACAUUCCUGAAAGGCUCAGGUGUAUUAAAAUACACCUGAAUGUCAUGUAGAUACAGUUUAAACCUGCAAUUCACAAAGAGCAGACAGCGAGGUAAAGUGGAACCAACUAGUUUUUCCUGUCUAAACCAAAACAUAAAAUGUCAGUGUUUUUUUUUUUGUUUGUUUUACAUUUGUGCUGAAUGUGAUGACACAGCAUGGCCAUAAGUGCCUGUGUAGAAACUGAAUGUUCUUUUACGUACAUACUGGGAAGGUAACUUCUUUUUUGAAGUUAUGGUUUCCUCGUGUGUGUUCAUGAUGUAACCAGAUUGAAAAAAACAUAAAAAUGUGAUUCAUGAUACAGUCGCUGAUAUGACUUAUGUCGAUAUAAAGUUCUCACGUAUUCCAAAAAUGUCUGUUGUAACAAAACCUUUAACAUUGACAGUUACAUACAUAUCAACAAAUUCAGUCAAAUUUCCCAUUAAAACAGUGAAUUUUUCCCAAAUGUCACUUUAAAUACACCAGUGGAUUUUGUCCUUGUGCCUUAAGAAGACUGUAGUAGUGCUGUAAAAGUACAGCAGAUUGAUGCCUUAGCACUGUUGCCUGUUAAAUGCCCCACAGGGAUUAGUAGUCCACAUUCAUUUGAAAGUUUUAAGCCAUAAAACUCUACCAUGUACUUUAAAUGCUCCACUAAAAUAACCAGAGGAACAUGGCUUUGGUUGGUAAUGUGUGCAAUUUCUGUCAUAUGUCUAACUUGUUUGUAUUGAAGUAUCCAUUGCAUUUAUGUUCUACAACGUGGAUGCAGGCAAAUUUUCUGGAACUGCUAUGCAGCUAAUAUACUGUAAAUGUAGAUGUGUUAGUUUUUGAAUAUAUAUUUUUCUAAGUAGCCUCUCUAAAGUAAAAAAAUCAAAGUAGAUAUCCUUUUCAUUAUUUAUGUUGAUGCUUGUUGAAAUAUUUUCCGAUGCUUUGAGUGCCGCCUUUACUGAUUUUUUUAAAGUCUAAAUCAUCUCAACAUUCAUCUCUAAAUUAGAUUUCUUGGUGGUGAGACAAAGGUCACACAUGAUUUUUCAGUCCUUUGAUUUUCUCUUUGUUGUGUCAAGGUUUACUUUUUACUGGUACAGUGGUUCCUUAUCUUUCUGACCUCUUUCAGGGCCUCUGAAAUUUUUGUUUUGUCCUGUAUUGGAACAAUGUAAACUACAAAUUCCGUAAAACAUCAGUGCUGGUGAUGAUAAUUUUGCUACCUUCACACUUCCUCAUCAUUUUUUAGACAAAUGUACCACUCUUCUUCUCAACUGAUAACAUUUGCUCCAGAAAAGAGAAAGAGGAAAUGUUUACCUUUGUCUAUCCAUUUUAACCGCUGUCAAAUUAUUACCCCUAGGGGAAAUUUUCCUUUUAUAUAUAUUUGGCUUUUGUUGGGAUGUUUUUAUUCUCUUGCAGUAAUAUUUCUGUAAACUUGCUGCUAUCUGUAAUAAAAAAAUACAAACCUUAA